GUGCGCCCCGGGCGUGCGGGCUGGGAGGCCUGGCCGCGACCCCGCCACAUGGGGCCCCUGGCGGUGGCCGUCUGCCCGCCGCUGUGCCUUCCGGCGCGGCGCUGGGGAAGCGGGAGCGGGGAGUGAUCCAGCCCCAAACUCGCCCUACCCAGGUGGCCCGCGACGCUCCCCGCGACGCUCCCCGCGACAGCUCGCGCAGCCCGACCCCCUCGGCUCCGUCCGCUCCUUCCUGCGGGGGCCCCGGCUUCUCCUCUCCCGGAGGGCCGCGCUCCAGGGGAAAGCCGUGCCUGCCGCUGCAGCUACCAUGGGGCCUUGGGGAGAGCCGGAGCUGGUGGUGUGGCGCCCGGAGGCGGUGGGCUCGGAACCCGCAGGGCCUGUGGGGCUGGAGGUGAAAGUCGGGGCCCUGGUGCUGCUGCUGUUGCUCACCGCGCUGUGCAGUCUGGUGCCUGUCUGCGCGCUGCGCCGGCCCGGGGCUAACCCCGAAGCCUCCGCCUCCCGGCAGAAAGCCUUGAGCCUAGUCAGCUGCUUCGCGGGGGGUGUCUUCCUGGCCACCUGUCUCCUGGACCUCUUGCCUGACUACCUGGCGGCCAUAGACGAGGCCCUAGCGGCCUUGCACGUGACGCUCCAGUUUCCCCUGCAAGAGUUCAUCUUGGCAAUGGGCUUCUUCCUGGUCCUGGUGAUGGAGCAGAUCACACUGGCUUACAGGGAGCAGUCAGGGCCACCACCUCGAGAGGAGACCAGGGCUCUGCUGGGAACGGCAAACGGUGGGCCACAGCACUGGCACGACGGGCCAGGGCUCCCACAGUCAGGGGGAGCCCCAGCAGCCCCCUCAGCCCUGCGCGCCUGCGUACUGGUCUUCUCCCUGGCCCUGCACUCGGUGUUCGAGGGACUGGCGGUGGGGCUGCAGCGGGACCGGGCCCGGGCUGUGGAGCUGUGUCUGGCGUUGCUGCUCCACAAGGGUGUUCUGGCGGUCAGCUUGUCCCUGCGGCUGCUGCAGAGCCACCUGCGGGCACAGGUGGUGGCUGGCUGUGGGAUCCUCUUCUCAUGCAUGACCCCUCUGGGCAUCGGUCUGGGGGCAGCUCUGGCUGAGUCGGCCGGGCCGCUGCACCAGCUGGCCCAGUCUGUGCUGGAAGGCAUGGCAGCCGGCACCUUUCUCUACAUCACCUUCCUGGAAAUCUUGCCCCAGGAGCUGGCCACCUCUGAGCAGAGGAUCCUCAAGGUCAUUCUGCUUCUUGCAGGCUUUGCCCUGCUCACUGGCCUGCUCUUCGUCCAGGUCUAGGGGGCUCCGGGGGCCCUUGACCUUCCUUUCCUUCCCCAGCGUGUAAGAGUAGGAGUGGGGAAGGGAGGAUGGAGGGUCAGAGAGUUCUCUGGGAGACAGGGAUGGAGUCUUUGGGACGGACUGACCAAUGUGAGGGAUGGGGUAGACAAGAGCCUGGCCCCAAGGGAUAGUCAGAUCACUAAGGACAUGA